CACCCACCAGUAAGCCGGGCCUCGCCUACACCCUUCUCGCUCGCGGCCGCCGUUUCCAUAGCAACGGCCCAACAUGGCCGCCACGUCGACGUCGUGACGCUACGGCCAAGCGCGACCGGGCCUGUCAGCGGCGGCGUUAGCGGCGGUCCCUCUUCUUGUCUGGGUCGGCUCGGCCUGCCUUCGCUGCCGCCAUGCUGGUGCCCGUCUUCACGCUCAAGCUGAACCACAAGAUCCUGCCGCGCAUGGUGGCGGUGGGCAAGUACGACGGCACCCACCCAUGUCUGACGGCGGCCACGCAGGCCGGCAAGGUAACGCGAGGACCGGCGCCCCCCGCCUGGUGGGUGGUGCGGGCUGCGGGGCUUAACUUCCCCCGGCCGAGGCUCCUCUGCCUGCUCCUCCGUUUCGGAUGGCCCUUUUCCUUUGGAAAGCCUGUGAAGUGGGCGCAUAUUCUGCAAAAACGCCCCCCUCCCCCCGGCUGUUUCACAGAAGAAAAUGCAAAGCGUGUACUUGAUAUAUAUAUAUGUAUCCUGUGUGUGCAGUUUCGAGGAAUGCAAGGCAGAAUGCAAUUCCUCCCUUAUAUUUUCCUCCUGCAAUAACCCUGUGAGGUGGCCGUGGGCAGGACUUGGGCUAGAGGCAGAAGUCAUGAGCCUCACGCAGCAGGAUGAGCAAGAGAAUCCCAAAUGCAGCAGGGCUGGCUUAUCCGUUUUCAGGUGUGGGGGUAGCUUUAAGGUCAUGGAAUUUAGAGUCCCUGGGCCUCCAGGCAAGUGUUUAUUAAGGGAUCGGUGCUCCUUAAGCAUACCUUUCUAUAUUUAUUUUAUAGUGUCCACAAAGGAACGUGGGACGCAGUCUUAUGUGAGUCAGACCUUUUGCGUCCGUCUAACUCGGUCUUGUAUCUGCUGAGUGGCAGUCACUCUCAGUUUCGGGCAGAAGUGUUCCUUUUUCCUACCUAUAGAUGCCUGGGGUUGAAUCUGGGCUUUUUUGCAUGCACGUCAGAUAGAUGUUUUACCACUGAAUUAUGUUCCUUCCCAAAACAUCCUUGUCAUUUCCCCCUCCCCCGCAACCCUCAAAUUAUUUUGGGUUUAUCCUUUCUGAACAAAAUCCAGUAAGGAAAAAAGACCUGUUGCCAGCAUCCCAUUUGUAAUUCUCAACAAUCUGUUGUAUGCUAUUACGCCCCUGUUCUGGAAGUGCUGUGAAAUCACUAACAGCAGUCUCUGCCAGUGAUCAGCAUGCCAAGUGAGAGAAUUGAAAUUGCUUCUCCCCAGUCUUAGACCAGCACUGUAUAACCACUACUCUACAGUGCCUUGACAUCAUCCCAUAGAUCACUUAGGAAUGCCAUCUCUUUUAACUGCUACACGUUGUCAAAGUCUCCCUGGUGCUGCUGUUUUUAUAUACUCAGCAAUCACCUGUAUGGCCCUGAUGUAGAAACCAAUGAGAUCUUACAUUGUUUAGGUUAAAGAUGCAUCCCCAAAGCAUAAUUGCCAAGCACUUCAAAAUGCACCUUAGCAGCUGUAAUUUGCCAAAUGUGUUAAGGCAAUGUACUAUUGUGCCUUGGUGUUCAUGUACAUUCAUUUACAGAGAUGUAUGCUAGAGGCUGUGAUCUUUCAGAUAUUGCUGAACUAUAGCUUCCAUCCCAAACCACUGACCACUCUGCUUGAGACUGAUGGAGUCUUAACAGCAUCUGGAGGACCACGUGUUCCCUAUCCCUGCCCCAGAGAUGCUAGGAAGGGAGUUCAGUUUUGAAGAAGGAACUUUCUAUUGGGGUUAUUUCUGUCCCCAAUGAAGUGACUCUAUAAGGUGUGGGUCUGAGCACAUUUAGAGUGCCUUAUUUUUGCCAUUAACUAAUGAUGUCUGUAAGCUGUUUCCAGGUAUGUCUCUGAAUGCCACUUGCUGGGGAAUAACAGCUGGAGAGCGCUAUUGCAUCAUUUCCGUGCAUGUGGGCUUCCCAUCAGUGUAUCUGCUUGGCAUUUGCGGGAAACAGAAUGUUGGACUAGACAGGCCUUUGGUCUGAUUCAGAGGGGCUCUUCUUGCAUCAUGAAAAAACAACACCAUUGUUUACUGUUUUCAAAUUUCUGUCUCCCCGCCUCCAGGUUUUUAUUCACAAUCCUCAUGCACGUGGACAGCGUAUUGGUGCAAACCGUUUAGUGCCCAGUGCCCAGGAUGCUGAUAUUUCUCUUCUGAACAUUAAUGAGGCAGUCAGCUGUUUAACUGCAGGACAGCUGAACCCCAACCUUGGCUGUGAUUCCCUUCUCAUUGGCACACGGACCAGUUUGUUGGCAUAUGAUGUGCACAACAAUGCUGACUUGUUUUAUGCAGGGGUAAGUUAAUUCCUCUUGUUUGUCCUUUCCCCCCCUGCCCUCCCGCCCUCAGUGUUUAAGCAGUUUGAAUACUUGAAUUUAUUCAUAGAAUGCAGUGGGACUGGACCAGUGUUUUUCAAACUUAAUCAGUCUUUGGGCUACACUUUGCACAUUGAUUUGUAUGCUGAGAAACUCCAACUUGUUGCACAGACUGUGGAGACAUUGUUUAAGGCAGGAGUAAGGAAUUUCAGUCCCAGAGGCCAGUUGUGACCCUCCAGCCCUCAAGACUCUCUCAAGGUCACACUCUUAACUAGUCCUGAGCUGCUCCUUUAAGUAUUUUUGGCUGGAAUGUGUUAUUGAACCUUUACAAUGCCUCUUGAUUGCCUGGAUGGAGGAAGACCUCUUGUGUGGCUGGGAUGUUCCCACAGUACAAAGGUGAGAGUUGUACCUCUUCUUCUGCCUGCUUCUUGCCUUUUGCUCUGCCCACCACUAGUACUUGGUCCACAGAAAUGUUCCCCUACCAUUGAACUAAGGCAUACAUUCAAAGAAAACACUAGCCAGGCCUUUUGGGCCUCACUGCUGCUCUGUGUGAACUGAGCGCACACCCAACACAUCCAGUACACUCCCUGUAGUUGUACAUUGAAAAAUAAUGUUAGUCGCUAUGGGCAUAAGGUUUUCAGGGAAGCAUGUCCACUAUUACUGAUUGUCUGUCUUAGGAACCCUCUAAAAACUUCAAAGGGAUCCUAGGAAUCCUCUGAAACACAGUUUAAUUGGGAUUGCUGUGCUGGCCCUCUGGAGUCAGAGAGUUUAAGCCCAAGAACAUGGGCAUGACAUGGUCAUCACAGUCACUCUUAAGGCUGCGGUACCUAAAGAUUUCCUUUUUACCAGAUAUCAUUUAAUAUAACAUAGAUUUUACUGUUUUCUUUUGAAACCUGAAAUUGCCUGGUUCUGAACAUUCUUGUUUACAUAAUAUGUUUCUCUGUGCAUUGUUUGCAGAGGGGGCAGAGUUACUAUAUUUCUAUAUUUUUUCUUUGAAGGUACCUGAUGGAGCAAACACGAUAGUGCUUGGAACCUUAGGAGAUAUUUCUUCACCUCUUGCUAUUAUUGGUGGGAACUGUUCCUUGCAAGGCUUUAAUCAUGAAGGAAAAGACCUUUUCUGGACGGUGAGGGCAGUUUUAUGUUUUUGGUAUUGGACAAUAUUUAUAUUUCACUUAAUGCAACACAGCAUCCAGUGUGGCCAAACCAGUCACACUACCCUGAAACCGCCUCUGGUGGAACUGAAGGCCUCUCUGAGGGGGAGUGGCCUUAGCCCAUCUCAGCCCAGUCAGGAAGAGAGCCUGUGCAUGGAGAUGGCAGCUCCUUUCCAUUAGCGGCUUCUUUUCCAGCCCACUGGGGCUUUUCACGAGCCUCUCCCCCCAAGCGGUCCACUCUCCCUUAUUAUGCAUCUUUGCUACUUUCACCUGGCCAAGUAGAGCAAGGGUAAGCAAACUUUUUCAGCAGGGGGCCAGUCCACUGUCCCUCAGACCUUGUGGGGGGCCGGACUAUAUUCUGAAAAAAAUAAAUGAAUGAAUUCCUAUGCCCCACAAAUAGCCCAGAGAUGCAUUUUAAAUAAAAGCAUACAUUCUACUCAUAUAAAAACACGCUGAUUCCUGGACCAUCUGCGGGCCGGAUUUAGAAGGCGAUUGGGCCAGAUCCAUCCCCCGGGCCUUAGUUUGCCUACCCAUGAAGUAGAGACUCUGACAGUGGGCUCUUUAUACUCUCUCCACCCCCUCCCAAGAAUAGCUACUGGAGACUACUGGAAACUUCACCAUGCAUCUUAGCGCUCAUGAAAAUUAGCUGGCUGAAAUGUGGAAGAGGGGAACCUUCACAGAGUCUCUGUGGCUGUUAAUCUGUGUGUGUGUGAGAGAGAGAGGGGGGGGAAAAGGGGUUUGUGGAGAUUAAAUACCUCUUUUGUCUGUAUCUUGGAGUGUGUAGCUGUGUAUAAUAAAGGGAAGCUCUGCCUAUAGCCCUUUUGGGGAGGAAGACUUUGCCUAUACAAUGGUACCUUGGGUUAAGAACUGAAUUAGUUCUGGAGGUCUGUUCUUAACCUGAAACUGUUCUUAACCUGAAGCACCACUUUAGCUAAUAGGGCCUCCCGCUGCUGCUGUGCUGCUGCUGUGCAAUUUCUAUUCUCAUCCUGAAACAAAGUUCUUAACCCGAGGUACUAUUUCUGGGUUAGCGGAGUCUGUAACCUGAAGCAUCUGUAACCUGAAGCAUCUGUAACCUGAAGCAUCUGUAACCUGAGGUACCACUGUACUUGUACUGGGCAGAGACGCUGUUGCUGGAUGUUCAACCCUUACUCAGUCCAAGAUACUAGCUAGCAGCAUUUAAAUGUUCUGUUAAUACAAGAAUUAGUGUGAGGCUAAUUCUAUUUUAAUUUUUUUUAUUAUAGGUCACUGGUGACAAUGUCCGCUCACUGGCAUUGUGUGACUUCGAUGGUGAUGGAAAGAAAGAGGUAAGUGGUUUUGUUUUGUGUGUGUGUGUGUUGCAGGAACUUGCUUAUAUCUUUUCUUGAAGUAGCAGAUUUUGCAUCCAUGGCCCUUGCUUUAUGUGACCUGCUGAGGCGCCCCUAGUGGGGAUGUUUUGAACUGUGUGUCUGAACAACUUUCCCAGUGUAUCCCCUUCCCAGGGCAGGAAUGCAAGCAGACUUGCUGGAAGAGCCAUGCGUGUGAGGGCAGAGCACCCCACUGAUCUCUCCCUAGGCAAAGGGAGUGUAUCCUUGUAAUCUAAAGCCACAUUUUUCAUGCACUAAGUUAUACUUAUUCCUUUGCUGUGCAGUUUGGAAGUUAGAACUGACAUUCCUGAUCUGACAUGUAUUUUAAUAAUUGGUUGUAAUACUUAAAGUUCAGGGUCAGUGAAGAACUCUGUCCAGAAACUGGUUCCCUAAAUACCUUAGGGUCUGGUCAUGAGAUACUUUGCACUGCACUUUCAUUCAUGGAUGUAAUGAACCUCAUGUUGAGCUGACCACUUCCAGAAGUUGCUGCAGCCAAGAUCAGGGAUAUAUUUCAGAGCCUAAGUGUUUUAAGAAGUUGCUGAAGCUAUGAUCUAUAAGAUACCAGCUCACAUAUUACAUUAACCAUGUGAGUAGACAGUCCUUUUGAGUAAAAUAGAGUAAAAAUGUGAGUAAAAUGAGGUAGCACACACAGGCUCCUAAAGCUGCAGAGAAAGUGGGCUCAGAUUUCUGGACUUGGGUUUCUAAGACUGGGUUGGUUUGCCAGGGAGACUGGUUCUUGUGGGCAUGUGAUACCAUGUAUUAAAUGUUUGUUGUUCUUUUUUUUUUUGUUUAGCUGCUCGUUGGAUCUGAGGAUUUUGACAUUAGGGUUUUUAAAGAAGAUGAGAUUGUGGCAGAAAUGUCAGAGACUGAGGUAAAGGGAAAUAGUAAAUUGGGAAAAAAAUGUGCCAAAGGAUUUAAUACGAAUAGGAAGAUAAGAGAAAUAUGUGAAUGUGGUAUUACAAGAUGGCCACACAAUUUUUGACUCUAGAACAGUCUCUUCAAACAGAUGAGAAGUGUUUUAAGAUUCUUAUUUUAUUUAUUACUUCCAUGGUAAUCAUUCCUGCCUCAACAGGCUCCUUUGAUGCUACCUCCUUCAGGUAGUUGCUUUGCCUGAGGUCUUAUUUGAGGAAAGUAAUAAGGGAUUUGGGGUGGAAAUUCCCAUCAUUACUUCGAUUGGUUCCCUCUCCCAAGGCUGGUAGCAAAGUGUGAAACUUGCCUGAUCUGAGCAGGUAUUACUUUGAGAGUUUAGAUAUGUAGCUUUCAUCCUAGGAAGACAUUGUACUACAAAGUGGCUUGGUGCAAUCUUGUCCUUUUUGGAGGAAGAUUCAUGGCUCUGUUCUUCUCACACCCCUUCCCCCAGGCAAGUCAUUGCAUCUCAGUUGGUAAUCAGGAUGGAGUGAGGGGCUGGAUUUGACCAGGAACCACUGGCAGCUGAUCCUUAUUCAAUGUUUCUUUUCUUUCAAGCCCAAGUGGGUUGGCCCUCACCUUGGAGUCUGACUCAGAUGAUUCUAAUACAACUGCUUUCGGUCAAUUUAAAAUGGGGGUUGAAAAAAAGAACAAACUCAGCAGAAUACAAAACGGGUGGUCUAGUUUCAAGAGCUGCAAGCCAUCAGACUUAUGGCAAGAGCAGUUUGUCUCUUCCCCAGCAGCCAACUAGGCAGGGAGAAAGAUGGAGGGAAGAUUGAGAGAAAGGGAGGAGGAGGGGAGAGCAGGUGAGGAAUGGAAUGUCCCUGUCCACUUUUGUCUUGGGCCCUGCAUACAGUUGGCAUAUGGCCUCCAACAGAUUACAUGGGGAGAAGCUGUGGAUCUGUGGUAGAGCAACUGCUUUCCAAAUAGAAGGUCCCAGGUUUGAUUCCUGGCAUCUCCAGGUAGUGAUGGGAAUGUCCCCUGCCUGAAAUCCUGCAGAGCUUCUAUCAGUUAGUGUAGACAACGCUGAGCUAGGUGGACCCAGGGGUUUGACUCACUAUAUGUUCCUACCUCUGAGGGCCUGUGGCUCUUGACAGGAAAAGAAAAGGUUGCCCACUCCUGGCAGAAUUAGCCUUAGCAGAAUGCAUUUUGAAUGUACUGUUGGCAUUUGCAAACUGUAUCUUGCUGUGAUAGGCUUGUUGAAACAGCAUAGUUAAUGAAUGUGAAUAGCGCCAAUAUCCUACAAAUUUAGCUGAAGGGUAUCUGCUUGAUAGAAGUGGUUUGGCUUUUCCAACUAUUUACUGUUUUGCCUUAGCAGGUGUUGCUAAACUGUUCCCUUCCUUUCCCAGACUGUUACUGCGCUAACCCCGAUGUGCAGCAGUCAUUUUGGCUAUGCCCUUUCUAAUGGAACAGUUGGCAUUUAUAAUCGGACAGCCCGCUACUGGAGAAUUAAAGUUAGUAUGAUCACACUGAAAACAAGAAGGGGUAAAGUCAGAAAUGGGGGGGGGGGCAUUUGGGGGCAUCCAGUUGCAAUGAAUGAAUGCUGUUGAGGCCUGCUUGUCAAGUUCAUCAUGAAAAUGUUAUGUUGGAUUAUAACACUUUUAUUACAAUCAAGUGGUAUAUAAAUCUUGUGAAGUAACUAAAGAAACCAUCUAGCUUAUACAGUGGUACCUCUGGAUGCGAACAAGAUCCGUUCCGGAGCCCUGUUCGCAUCCUGAAGUGAACGCAACCCGUGUCUGCGUGAGUCGCGAUUUGCCGCUUCUGCACAUGCGUGUGACGUCAUUUUGAGCAUCUACACACGCGAGCGGCGAAACCCGGAAGUAACGCAUUCUGUUACUUCCGGGUCGCCGUGGAGCACAACCCGAAAACGCUCAACCCGAAGCUACUUCAACCCGAGGUAUGACUGUACACAUUAAUAGUUUAGCUUUGCAUAUCUGUUAGUGUAACUACAGCAGUUCUGACUUACCCCACAGGGUUGCAGCAGGGAUAAAUGAAAUGAUGCAUAUGGAGCACUUGAACACUUGAGAAGUGCUAUAUAAUUUAUCAGUGCAUUUGUAUAGUCCUUUCUGAAUGUUCAAGGCACUUCAUAUAUGUUAUCUCAGUCAUCCAUGCAUCAACUCUGUGGGGCAGGAUAGUAGCGCUCUGUCUGUUUGGUGGGGAGGAGAGCGCAUGUGUGCUGCUUGUCUGGAGCUACCCAGUGAGCUUGUAGUAGUUGGCGAAAUUUGAACCUAGGAUUUCUCUUGGCCUUGGCUGCUAUGCUACAUUAGCAGCUCCCCACCAUUAGAUGUGUGAAAAGCUUAAAGUUAGUCCCAGGAACUUGCUUGACUUAAUAGUUUUAUUUUCCCCUCCCUCCAGUCUAAAAAUCAGGCAAUGAGUAUACAUGCAUAUGAUAUCAACUCUGACGGGGUGUGUGAGCUGAUCACUGGCUGGUCCAGCGGGAAGGUGAGCUUAUGCAACAGUUGUCAUUUAUGCAAUUCUCCCUCCCUUUUACGAGUGUGAUACUUCCUUCCAGUUAGAUGUCACCAGGCCUUAUCCAGAGACCACUACAAGAUACUGCUGGCAUUGUUUGGAAUUUUGCAGCUAGAUAAAUCAUCUCCUGCAGUUAGAAUAUGUAGUAGGCAAAUCUUCAUAGAAUUUUAAAAUGGAUUUUUUUUUCUUUUGGCUGCUUCCCCCCUACAAAAAAGUGACUAUUUUUUGUUAAAGAUUAUGAAAAGGAAAGUUGUUGAAAUACAUAUGCAGAAGGGCAAAUGACCCUCAGGAGUAAUUUUGAUGUGAACUGAUUGAGGUUUUGUACACCUGGAAACCCUGUACACCUAGAAACCCUGUAAAACAUGUAGUUUUGAACAGAAAUUUCCCAUUUUAAAAAAGUCUUUCCUCUAUAACAAUGCGAAUUAGAGGUUUUUAAAAAUACAUUAAAACUUGGGAUUCUCAGGCUCUUUGUUACAGGCAAUGUUUUGUGGCAGUCAUGCAGCUUUGAUAUUAAGGAUUUUAGGCUGCAGUCCUAAGCCUUAUGAGCAUCUCCCUGGAAGUAAGCCUCAUUUAUACCUGCUAGGACUUACUUCUGAAUAGAAUUAACAUGGUUAAUUCACCCCCUCAUUUUCUUUGAAUGCUGACUUGGGGAAUGCUUUGUGUUACAGGUUGAUGCACGUAGUGACAGAACUGGAGAGGUCAUCUUCAAGGAUAAUUUUGCUUCCUCAAUUGCAGGAAUUGUGCAGGGUGAUUAUCGAAAGGAUGGCAAUACAGAGUUAAUCUGCUGUUCGGUUGAUGGUGAAGGUAAGAGCAUCAAUCCCCUUUGCAGGUUUAAGGCCUUUUGUCUAAUAUGAGUUGAACUGCGUGACUGUUUGUAUUAAAUUAGAAAUGUUUUGUUGCUCCCAGGGCAACCAGAUAUGUUGUCUAGCCUGCCAAAACCAGUUUUCUAAGUCUUAGGGAGUACAGAGGGAUGAAAUUGGAUAGAAUUUACACUGGAUCUUGCAGCAUGCAGCUGUUUCAUGCAAGCACUCAUCCCUGUGUUUUCUGUGUGGAAGAUGGGUGCACAGCUGCAAGUUGUAUGCUUUAGCAUGUUGAGAAAAAAAAAACCCCACAAGUUGGAUGCACUUGCACUUAGCUCCCAUUGAAAUCAAUGGGACUGAUUAACUCACCAUUAACUUUCCGCAUUGGUUCCUGUGACACCUAAAUUUAGCUGACAGUCUGGUUGUGUUUAUGCAGGCAAACAUUCUACAUAAGAUAUUUGGGGAUUCCACGCAGUUGUAUGUUAUUUACUUUGAUUCUGCUCUUUAUCUGGAGUCUCUCAACUUUCUGCAUGUGUGGGAGGGAGGCCUUGGACCAGGACUUGUCAUACUGCAGAGUGAUUGUGGCAGUGGGCAGGAAGUUAAUGGGUUGGAAAUGAAGUCUGCAGCCUGCUACCUUUUUGGGACAGGGGUUUGCUUUAUGAUGGUGUUCUUUGGACUGAUACAUUGACUUCCAUGAACUCUGUUCUUCAAAAGGAGUGGUUUUAGUUUUCCUUUUUUUCUAAUGAGUUGUUCUUGUGUAGUGACAACUUUUCUCUGUCAAGAGCCCCUCUAGGUAGCCCGGCAAAUAUUUUUGCUUUGCUUUUGUGCAGUGCGAGGCUACCUGCCAGCUAGCCAAGAGAUGAAGGGGAAACUGAUGGACACCAGUGUGGACCAGGACCUGAUUCGAGAGCUUAGUCAGAAGAAACAAAAUCUCCUGCUUGAGUUAAGAAAUUAUGAAGAAAACACAAAGGUAUUACUGAGUGAGUGGGAGGGUCUGAUUCUGAUCUCAGUUCAGAGUAAAACCUGAAUAUCCUUAGCACAAGCAGUUGGGUACAACUUAAGACUUAAAAGAGAACCGACUAAUCAUCUAUUCCAACAUUAGAGACGACGCUGCCUCUUGCUUUAUUUAGAUGUUCUUCCCGUUUUGUAGAGAGGGAAUGGAGAAUGAGUGAUAAAACAUCUAGAACAACUGAUUAAAUUUAGCUGAUCAGGGAGGUGAAUUAAGACCUCACAAGUCCAGUGCUAAACUGGGGUUUAUAAGUAGUUUAAGCUUGACUUAGCAUUUCAGUGCAGAGUAACACAUCGUCAUAUGUUUGGACAGAAACAAACCACAAACCCUCAUUUGCACAUAACGUUAAACUAGUGCUGUGGUUUGUUGUCUCCCCACAAAGUGGAGCAGGGUGGGCACAAUUUGAGCAGUACAUGUUGUUCUGGGUAACCUAUUGUUUGUUUUUAACUGUGGCUUACCACUACAUGUGAACAGGGUUGUUGUCAAAUAAUAGAAUGUUAGCACUAUUUUCUUAGAAAGUAAAAAACAACAACAACAAAAUGUGAAUUUGAUGAUUACAUAAACAAAACCUGCCAUAUUCUAGAAAAUGACAGUGCUCAGUGGCUCCCAUAAAUAUUACAGAGCAUUAUUACAGGUCACAUGGAGGCCUUCCUCUCCACCUCAAAUGCAGUGAACACUAUGAUAGUAGUCCGCCUUCCACACACUUGGGGUGACCCCAAGUGUCCUUGUAUUGGCUCUCAUGUCCUUUUGCUUCAUUCUUUCUCCUGAACUUUUCUGUGGUCUUGUCUCUAUUCAGAGAUACUUCAGUUAUACUCAGGUCAGAAGAAGAAGUUGGUUUUUAUGGCUUAAUGGGGAGAGGAGAUGACAGAAGAAGCUGUCUGCUGACAGUUGCAGAACAGGAGUGCUUUCUCCUAAUGAAGAGUUGGGGGGGUGUGGAGGAGAGAGAGAGGAUAUCACUGACUGCCUGGGUCUGGGCAUUCUUGCUGUUGCGGUCCAGUGGCCACAUGAUGCACCAAGAAACAGGUGGCUGCUUUCAGAAGGGUAUUUGUGACUUCAUGGAGUAUUUGUCUGCAGUCAGAUAAACAGGUGGUCAAUUGACCAGUAUUCCAACACCAAAAAGAAAUGUGGAAUUUCUGGCCAUCUAAACAAGGGUUGUUGAUGCAGAACAGCAGAUCAGAAAAAGCAACUUUUGGUAGUAUUGACUGGGUUUACAUUUCCUGGGUUCACAUUUCCUUUGGGGAACUUCAGAAGGCAGCUUUAAUAACCAGCCAACCUGGAGUAAAAGCCUCAGUAAAAGAAAUAGAAGCAUAGCUAAAAUAUUCUGUGAAUACUAAUGAAAGCUGUUGCAAUUCAAUGCCUUUCCAGGACACGUAAUCCAGUUUUGGAUGUGUUUUGUUUAAUCACUUCUGAAAUUACACUCGCAAAUAAUCCAGCUUUUGAAAUGGUUGAAUUUGGAAUCAUGUUUUACAGCAAGUAGAACUAAACACCCAAGUGAAUGAGAUGGAUGGACAAAGGGGUGUGAUUCCUGCAAACACCCAGCUCCAAACAGCACUCUCGGUCAAUCUGGGCUCAGAUAGUGAAUCUGCUCACGUUGAAUUAUGCAUUUCCACGUCCAAUGGUGAGAAAGGCUUAGUCCAAAUGCUUAUUUCCAUAGGUUAACCUAUGCUUUCUAGCUCUUGUUUCAGCUCUUUCCAGUCCUAAGGUGCAUAUUUCCUUCUGUUUGGCUCAGUUCUCAGAUUGGCAUGCAGGAGGCCUCCAUGAUACAUGGAAGAGCAGCUUUUCAGCCUUUAAGCUUUCUCAGCUAUCCAUACAUGGAAUAUACCGUAUUUUUCGCCCCAUAGGGCGCACCUAGUUUUUUUGGGGGGGAAAUAAAGAAAAAAAAUUAUUUCCCCCCCAGGCGUGGGGCUGGGGCGAGGGAAGCCCGAACAGGCUGCUCUCCGCAAGCCGUGGGAGAGCUGCGCGAAGCCCGAAGCUUGGGGGGCGCUGAGCUCAGCAUGCCCCAGGCUUCUGGGUGCAGGCAGCUCUCCCACGGCUUGCGAAGAGCUUCCUGAAGCCUGGAGAGCGAGAGGGGUCGGUGCGCACCGACCCCUCUCGCUCUCCAGGCUUCAGCGAAAGCCUGCAUUUGCCCCAUAGGACGCACACACAUUUCCCCUUCAUUUUUGGAGGGGAAAAAGUGCGUCCUAUAGGGCGAAAAAUACGGUACAUAUAUUUGGGCUACUUGGUCUGAAGAAUGCUCACUAUUUUAAGCUUUUAGCAUCCUUUUGUGUUCGAAGUUACAGGGUUCUGAAACCUUACUACACUGAACUACUCUUUGGCAAGAAGCAAGAUUGUUUGGGAGGCAUCCCACGUUGCAAAGAUAUAUGGUUAGCACUAGGUGGCAUAAGGGGCAUAUAUGGCAUAAAAGGCACAAGGCAUAUAAGGCAUAUAUGCCAUAAGGUAAAAGGCAUAAAUGGCACAAGGCAUAAGGCUUGGAAUAGCCCUGCUUUUUUCUUUUCUCUGCAAAUGUUUGGACAGCAGCACUCUAAAAAAGCAGAAAGUGACCCUGCUUCUCUUUUGGUUCCCUUUAAUUGUUUCUGCCCUGUCCUAGAGAAGCUCUUCAGGCCUUGGGAGAGGGAUGUUUAAAAUCACUCAGCACUCUAAAUAAAUAGCUAUUGCUGUCUUUCUGGUACUCACUGGAGAGUUUCAGUGAAUCUUAGAUGCUGUGAAUCGCACCCUGAAGGGGAGUGUGUUCAUAUGGUGUCUGUUUUAUGAAGGUUAAUAAUAUCUGGGUCAUACACACCCUCAUCACCUAAGAGCUAGUAUAUUUAUUGCAAGCCCAAAGAUUGGAAGGUAUUGGAGAAAGAAGAGAAAAUAAUUGGUAAUUAUGAAGGAUUCCAAUAACAGUGGCUCCUAUUGUACUUUUAUAGGAUUCCUUCAUAGUUGUCAGUUACUGUGUUGCUUUCAUUGUCUUUAACUAUGCAGCAGAGUUUGGCACAAUAUGGUGCACCAUUAAAUCUACAUUAUAGUACCCUCCUCCCCCUUGCUUAAUUUUCAAAGCCAUGCCAAAGAAAAGCCACUAAUUGGUCAGGUCUUUUCUCCCUUUUAAGACACAAUCAUCCGAGCGGUGCUGAUCUUUGCUGAAGGAAUAUUUGAAGGUGAGAGUCAUGUGAUCCACCCUAGUCUUCAGAACCUCUCAAGCCGCAUUAAAAUUCCCCUCACCCCUCCCAAAGAUGUUCCAGUGGAGCUGAAUAUCAAGGCCUUUGUCGGCUACAAGAAUAGGUAAGGGUGAUGCUGGCAGGUAGAUACAAAAGAGGCUUUAUCUAGCUGUGUGUGUGUUUGACACAUUUGCUUGAGCUGCCUGUUCACUAUCACUUUGAUGGGGUGCAUCUUCACUCAUGCUCUCUGCUUGGGAAACAGUACAGUCUAAAUCAUGUGGGUUAAUUGUCUUUGCUUAGUCCUUUGAGCCCACAAAUACCAGCUUUAGCAUUUUCAAUUUAUCUGCAUAUUUUAAUGGGGAAGGUUUUGAACAAUUAUCAGUACAGAACUGGAUUAUGUAUAUUGGAUCUGUUCAUUCUUUUGGUGUUAAAGAAGUCAAAGCACCCUUUCCCCCUGCUGCGAAGUCAUUCUCAUGAUCUUGUAGAAUCUACCGUAUUUUUCGCCCUAUAGGACGCACUUUUUCCCCUCCAAAAAUGAAGGGGAUACCCGCAGCCUAGGGAGCCCUGCGGGAACUCCCGCAGGGCUCCCUAGGCUGCGGAUAGCAGCCUGCUUGCCCGGAGCACGGGGCGCGCUGAAGCAGAGUGUCCCGCGCUUUGGGCAGAUAUCCGCAGCUGGGGGGGGGAUAAUUCCCCCCCCUUUAUUCCCCCCCCCCAAAAAAAACUAGGUGCGUCCUAUGGGCCGGUGCGUCCAAUAGGCCGAAAAAUACGGUAUUUGUUUGACAAUUAGGAUUCAAAGGAAGCUUUGGUCAUGGCCUACAGUAGUCUGAGAAGGCUUCUGUCCUGAACAUCCUUGUGUCUAUCUCUGCCUUGCCCCCUCAUCUGUAUUGUCUUUUCCAAAAUAUUCUAAAUUUGGUACCAAUCCAAAUGAAAGUUUCGGAAAUAAUGUGUGCAUCAAUAAAGUGCAGCACCCCGUCCCCCUUCAUUUGGAUGCUCUGCCAUAACAAUCUCAUAUGAGAUACUGACUUAUCAGCAUCUUUAACACAUAAGCAAAUUGGCUCUAAUCCUACCUUCUUUGAUAGAGAAGUCAGAUCUGUGAGAUAUAAAGCACUCUGUUCUGCUGCUGCUUUGCAUUGCCUGGGUGUGGUUUGGGUUUUUAGUGCCAGGUAUAUACAAUCCUGGCAGUACAGGGAGGAAAUGACACAUUAGGAAGCAGUAAGGAUUAUAGAAGUUGAAAUCGGUUUGGGGGCACAUGGGGAGAAGGAAGGGAUAAUGAGUUGUAAAGAGCAAAACAGAAUUCUCUCUUUGACCAGUGAGAACCCCUGCUUGCCUCAGAAUCUUGAGCACAUACUCCCAUCACCCCUUAAAAUAUAUCUGUGUAUCUCUGAGGUCUAGAAACUUGCUCUUUUUUUAGAAAAAAAAAAGCUCAGGUUUCCAGGACUUUGAUGCAUAUUGGAGACUUUAGCAAUAGUUUCUAUUAAAUCAUUACUCUCUAUUCUACCUGGUCAACUUUGUUAAGUAGUUCUGUGUACUUCUGUUGUAGAGUGCAUGAUUGGGCAGACUGUUGUGGAUACUAACAUGAAAGUGGAUACUAGCAUGUAACUUAGAAUAAAAGAAAAAUAAGCUGGGGCUCAUCAUUGUUUUCAUUUCCAGGUCAACUUUUUGUGAUGCUAGCCAGUGUAGGAAUUGGGGCUUUGGAGAAUUCUGUAGCAGGGAUCAUGAAUUAUUUAGGUGCAUUUUUAUGCCAGAAACCAUGUGAUACCAGUUGAGUCCUCUUGAUUGUUCUGUUGGGUGUCUUUCCAGCAUGCAAUUCCAUGUCUUUGAGCUGUCAAGGCAACUCCCUCGCUUCUCAAUGUAUAUUCUGAGUAGUCCAGACUCUGCUCCUGGUCCUUUAAGCUUUGUAAGAUUCACAAUCAGUGAGAGGGUGCAAACAGUAAGUCUUCAAUUCUUUUCUCAACCCCAAUGUAGUUAAUACUUUAAAUGUGUAUUUAUUAAUUAUUUUACUUCUUUUAUGAAUCACUUCCCAUCAGGCACCCCAAAGGGAUUUACAGUAACAUAUGUAUAUAAAUAGUUUCAUAUGUGGAAAGUUAAAACAGUUGCAUAUAUAACAUCAGUUUAAAAAACAAUUAUAAAUAUUAGAACACUUUGAAACAACAAUAGCACAUACAUAAAAUCAGUUCCAAUCCAAGGCAGAGAUUAACAGGGAUUUUUUUUUUAGAAUAAAGAUCUUCUUUAGAUCCCUGUUCUCAUCACAGAGCUACAAGUCCCAGUUGAACUCUGAGAAUUUUAGCUCUGUGGGAAGAAAAAGGGUUAUCUUAAUAAUUCUAAGCACCCUUACAGCUUCCAGAAUUCUUUGGUUUGAAGUGGUAUCAUAGCGCUUUAUAUGCAUGAUGUGAAUAUCGUGUUUCUGGCAUCUCAUGCUACAUUUAGUUCUUGGGUAGCAGGGCUGGAAAAAAUACAGUACCGAGCCCAAGUAGACAAUAGUCCAGUGGUAUUAGGCAGCUUCAUAUGUUCAUGUCUGUUCACUCAGUGCGAUAUACAAGUGUUAUGAAUUUAACCUUUUCUCUGGUUCUUUAAAUGUCUUCCUGUUAAUUUUGCCUCCUGUUUUGUGGCACUGGGAAAGGACCUGAUUGGUAGGUGCUGAUACUUUGCUGCGGGGGAAGAGAGAAAAUUGGGAGAAUGGGGAAGUCCCCUUCCCUGGACCAAAUGGAAGAUUUCAUUCUGGGCAAGGGCAUUCCUGCUCUACCAUUUAUCUGCCUCCUGUUUGAGGAAACGACAUAGCCUGUUUUAUAAAAGAGGCAAAAAGGGGUGGCAGCAGAUAGCAGCACUCUUGCCCAUUGAGGAUAAUUUAAAAGAGAGAGAGGGGAGUGCCCAGGACACUGGUGUAGGUCAGAUGCACACCUUGUAACACAAACCUGGUUGGAGAUGUAUCAGGGUGACCAGGUGCAGCUUUGGGGAGAAGGAAUACAAAGCAGUCUAGGUAGGUCAGGCUGAGAGCUGAAACCUGGUAUCAUAAUCUCAUUCCUAGCAUCACCCCAGAGGUAUAAGGCAAUCUGGAGGAGCAGGUGAUCAUUGCCACCAUUGCGGCAAUGCUGCCUAAAUUGCAAAAUUUUCAUUGGGAGCUUCCUGUAAGACUUGGAGCAGGUUAUUAGAUAAACAUGAAAUAUCUAGUCUGAGUGUGGCACUUGGUAGCCAGUGGUGAGAGAGUGCAAGGAGCUGGUCCUGGAUCCAUUGAUCCUGGUGCCACAUCUGCCACUGAUGCUCCUCUCAUCAACAUAAAAGGAGCCAUUGUUCCUCUUGCUCCUCUCCCUUUUCCAGCAGCCCUACCCACUCUCUGAGCCCUCAUUAGGAGCUAAGACUCCAUCCCACUGUAUCCAGAGCACAGCGUAAUCUGAGAAAAGGCCAGGCAUUGAUGGUGUUGGUAGGGGCAAUACCGCCUGGAUCCUUACUGAUGCCUUGGGUAGGUAAAAUGCUUGCGUUUCCUAAUAUGCUCUCUGUUUAGAAUGAAUGCAGCUGCAUGUUCUGCCUUAGGUUGGCAUUCACAGUUUGCAGGACAUGGAAAGCUGCACAUCCUGGCUCCUUGUGCCAGGCGUGGUGUAUACGUACCACAUCAAAAGAGCUUUGAAGCCUUUGUAGAUUACUCAUGCUGUGAAUUUAUAUUUCCAAGGUCAUCAUGUGGCUGAAACAAAAUUUCCUGUUACCAGAGGACAUGGCAAUCCACAACGAAUCCUUUGAAGUCUGUUUUACCUCCCUGCGUGACGCGGGGCAGCUGUGCAUCAAAAUGAAGCCCAGUGGGGAGGUAACAUUUUGCUUUGUGAUGUUGCAAUUAGUCUUGUAAAUAGGCACUGGCUUGGUCUUGGGGCAAUGCAAAAUCUCACCUAAGGUGCCCAAGGAGGGAAAUGUUAGUUAAAGCAAAUAUAGCUCUUUUCUUUUUUCUUUUGUGUACCACAAAUGACUAGUAGGCUAGUAAAAGCAUUUUUGGUUAAUUACUUUGGUGGACUUACUUGCAGAGGAAGGGAAAUUCUGCCCUCCCCCAAAAGAUUUUCUGCCAUACUGCAUUAUUGGAACUAUGUGGCAAGAUUCUCAGGUGAGCACCGGAGUUGGUGACAGAGAAAGUGAAGGGGAGAACUGCUCAAAUGGGCCAGGCAGUGGCUUUCAGCUGCCUCUUCAUCUAUUUGGUGUUGAUUCUUAAGUAAUGUGUUGGAAGCCUCACAGUGGACAACUAGACACUAAGAAAUAUAAGGGUUGAAGUGGACAAAGAGGUUUGUCCCAAACAAGGAUGGUGCUUUCUGAGGAGUCCUCUUAAUGAAAAGCUCUUUAACUACUGCCUUUCUCCCUCCUCCCCUUUAAACUCUGCUGCUGUUACAUGGAUCUGUCAAUACUCUCCCAUCCAACUGAAUGCUUAGGGCUACACCAGCUCUCAGCAAUGAUGCAGUCUCAGGAUCAAGAGAAUCCACUUAUCCCUAGUGUUGUGAAGUGUUUGGGUUGCAUUCAGCAUGGCACGAAGGCUCUGUUGGUGUGAGAAUUUUUCCUUGUGCAACAGAAUGUUCUCCCCUUCUUCUGCCCCUCCUCCCCCAAAAUCUCCAGAGCUGAUUUUGGGACAGUAUAGGGCAUGCAGCAGGGGGUAGUGGCCAAAGUCCUAUUGUACUAACAGUAACCCUUGUGCUUGCAGAAUUAUUUAUUUGCAUACUAUCCUUUGAAGCGAUGGAAAAUGGUUCAAAUCUGACAUGUCUCUUGUUCUUUUUCUGAUCUGUUAGAUCUCCAUUAACACUGACAACAUUGACUUGGCUGGUGACAUUAUUCAGUCGAUGGCCUCCUUUUGGGCAAUUGAAGACUUGCAGGUUGAAGCAGAUUUCCCAGCGUAUUUUGAAGAGAUGCGAAAGGCCCUAGUUGUCGUAAGUGAGAAAGAGUUUUCAAAUGCUGCUGAGGGAUAGAAUACGCUGGAAAUAAACUUACACAAGUUGGAAUGGAUAGGAGCUAAGCACAUCCUUGGUUUCAGUAGGCCUUGUGCAAGGGAUGUUUUUGAGGAAUUGUAUACAGAAUAUGUUGUUUAUCCUUUUGCCUAAAACUGGGCGAUCUGAAAUGGGGAACUGGUCUAUCUAGAUAGUAGCUGAAACAGCACCAUGCUCUAGUUUUCCCCACUGUUUUGGAAUCAACUGCUUCUCUCACAGUAGCCAGGCUAUUCAGAUCCAUGCCUUCUGUUUGGAGAGUUUCUGUCUAAUUUGAGAUCUGCUUUUAACAAGAGAACAAGUUUCUAACAUGGUUGAGGAACCUCUGGCCUGUCAGCUCAUGAGGCCAUUUCCCCCAACCCAUUCCCACUUGCCCAUCAGCUGACAUCACUCAUGAUGCCAGCUGGUGGGUGCUAGGGUUGGUUUAAAUCCUUCACUUGCUGUGUGUCCCUGUUCCCAGCAGUGAAUAGAAGCAUGCAGCCAAACAGAACAAAAUUUCACUCCUGCUCAUCAGCAGAUCCCAUGCAAACCUCUUCCAGAAUCAGGAAGGGAUUUGCAUUGCAAUUCCCUGCUGAAACAGAGUUUAUUUCCUGGUGUUUUCGCAGGGUAUUUUUACCCUUGAUUUAGCAGAGGUUCCAUAGAAAAAAAUUGUUUGAAUCUUUUGAAUCUACCUGAUGUGUACCUUAGUUGCCCUAACAUGUGACUGAUGCCCCUUCGUAGGUGGAUAAUUCUCACACAUUCUCUCAGAAGCUCACAGCUGACAUGGCGGAGCACUCCAAUCUCAUUCGCAGCAUGUUGGUUCGAGCAGAAGAUUCACGCCUCAUGGGAGACAUGUAAGUUGGCUUUGUGUCAUUUCCCCUGCAUUAAUAUUUCUGACUAGCUAUUGUUUUUCUGGCUCCAGGGUGCACAGCCAAUUUUUUUGACUGUAACUUGUUUAAACUGUUUUAAAUACUGUAUUGCUGCGAGCCACCCUGGGAUUUUCUGGUGAAGGGCAGGUAAUAAAUCACAUUAUUAUUUAUUAUUAAUAAUACUAUGCAAACAAUUCACUUAUCUAAUUCACAAAAUAUACUAAAGCAGUGUGCAAAAUUUAAAACAACAGUCUUAAUAAACAUAAGAAACAAGAGUGCUUUGAGUACCAAGCAUUUUCCAGUGCUAUUGGCUGCUCCACCUGCUUGUUUAGCUUCUUCAGAAAACACAAGAAUUUCCUCUUCAUGCAGCCUUGGCUCAAGUUUGCUUGUUCUGCUCCUUAGCAGACCCUUUAUGUAUGUCAGGCAUCCACACCUAUGCAAGGGGUAGGGUGAUGACGUAGCUCUAAGCUAUUAACUCCAGGAAGACUGAAGGUGCAUACAGAUCAAGUGGGUGGGAAGAUUGAGGAGUCUUGAAAUCUGCCGAGGUUUUUGGUACUGAAAUUCCUAGGUCAGCAGAAGCUGCUCUUGAAGAGCAUCCUGGCCAGUGUGAAUAAAUGGUCACUGUAACGCACACAUCUCAAGAGCCAGGACCCACUUUUAAAUCAAACAUGCAUUUGGGAGCCCAUUUUUUUAUUAUUUCAUCAUAUAUUUGUCAUCUUAGUCAAUUCCCUGUAACAACUGAAUGGGACUGGUUCUGGGCAGAGACUGAUUUCCAAGGCCUGUAAGUUACACUCUUUGUGUUUAUUUCCACAGGAAAAAUAUGAAGAAGCGAUACAAAGACCUGUAUUAUCUCAACAGGGAUUUGCAGUCCCAGUACAAUAUUCGCUGCAGCAAUCACGCAGAACUUCUAAAUAACCUCAAGGCAGUAAACCAGGCUAUCCAAAGAGCAGGACGCUUGCGCGGUAUGUGCUUGAGAAGGGGUGGGGUGAACCAGCAUUUCCCUUGUUCUCUCAUGCCUUGCUUGCUGGAAAGAUGAAAAAAUGAGGGUGUUUUCAGGCAAUGGCUACUUUUCAUCUCAGCUUGGCAAGCCACAGGUUUUGGAAGUGGAUACUCAGUUGGGAAAAUAGCCAAAGGUCCACCAUCUUGCCCCACUACAUGCCUUCUUUUCCAGAGAUGUAUUUAUUUGUAGUUCAAACAGACUUCAGACUUCUUCCAACACAGAGAUGUUCCCAAAUUAUGCAAAAGGAAUGUGAAAAAUGAGGAUUAGAGAGUAUGGGAUGGCAGUUUGAAAUACAGUGGAACCUUGGGUUACGUACAGUCUUCCUUAUGAACGCUUUGGGUAAUGAGCUCCGCUAACCCGGAAGUAGAUGCUCCUGGUUGCACACUUUGCCCCGGAAUGCGAGCGGAAGUUGCGCGCUGGCCGUGCGGCGGCAGGCCCCAUUAGUGAAAGCACGCCUCAUGUUAAGAACGGUUUUGGGUUAAGAAUGGACCUCCGGAAUGAAUUAAGUUUGUAACCGGAGGUACCACUGUAUCUUGAAAGGAUGUAGGAAGGAAAAAGGGAGAGCAGCUACUCACCAGGCUGCUUGAGGGAAGGGCAUACUGGCAUUUCCUUUCUACUGGCAAUUAAAUCUGUGUUAGUUUGUCAUGCGGUAAGAGCAGGGAAAUCUGCUGAAUAUUUUUUUUUGCAGAGCUUCUGUUUUGCAGUGAGGGUAACAUUUUGGGAAGUGUGAAGUUGUUUCUCUGAACAGUGCUGUACUAGAAACAAAGCACUCGCAAAGAGAAGGAUCUGGUUUCUUCUGGACAUUGCCUGUACCUGUGGUUCAUCUUUCUUAAAGCAGCUGCAGUAGCCACUCUAAGACAGUGGGCAAUCUGCUCCUUCUGUUGCAAAGGUUAGGGGAAGAUCUGAUUUUGCUCCCCAUACCAUGCUACUGAUCGCAGUGUCCCUCUUGGCAGAAUGAUUGGCAUUGCUAUACAUAGCACUAUGAGGCAAAUGUUGGGCUAUCCCCUCCUCCCCGGCAGCUGAAUAGGGUAUGCUUUCUGCAAGGGUUAAACCAUUGUGUAUGUGUGGGAGGGGCAUAGAAUAUAGCUGGUACAAAAAAUUGUUAUUGGCACAGUAUAUUAGUCUAGUCCUGCGAUACAUUUGUCAGAGUUGCAAAUGCUAUGACACUGAAAUGCUCCUUUACUCCAUUUAUUUUGUAUGGAGUCAUGAGGGUCUUUUCCCUUGCAUUUAGGCAGGGCUUUGGUUUUCUGUUGCAUGAUGUAAACCCCGUAAUCCUUGGCCUCUUUUCUUCUGCAUUACCAGUGGCCUUUUCCUAGCAUCCUGGAUUCCUCCUGGGCGGGGGGGGGGGGGGGAGACAUACUGCCACACAAGUGCCGGUUCAGCAUUCUUCCCAGACAGAAUUGGUCAGAGGGCAGUUAGAAUUUAUAGAAAAAUCAUGAAGUAGCAAAAUGGAUGAGAGCAGGUAUCUCUGAAUAAGCUGUCCCUGUUCUUUAUGGGAAAAUGUCAGUGGAUGGACUCUGUUCUUGAACACAUUUCAGUGGUGCUGCAGAAGCUGGUUAACGAGAUUCUUGAACUUGUUGCAGUCACUUUGCAAUUUGAGAAAGAACUGAGUUUUUCAGGUGCUAAACAAAAUACCUGAUUUUAUCAGGACUUAGGGCAAAAUGGCAGUGUGAUGAUUGUUUCAUGUCUUCAUCCCUUUUGUAACAAGAUCAAAGGACUUUGACUGUUACUAGGCCAUACUGCAGAACAGAGCUUUGAGGAAAUGGUGACUGCUGCGUCAAAAAUUAUUAUGCACAUUCAACCUGCUCACAUUAUUCUUGUUUAAGGUUGCAGAGUUCGUUUAAGGUUGCAGAGUUCAUUAUGUACUACCAAGUGCUUAGAACAGUCUUUAAUAAUUAUUUUUCUUUCUGUCCUGCAGUUGGUAGGCCCAAGACACAGGUGAUUGCUGCAUGCCGUGAGGCUAUUAAGCACAACGACGUUAAUGCACUCAUCAAGAUAAUGCGUGUGGGAGUCACUUCCUCUUUAUUAAAGAAAAGAUUGACAGAGACUGCGGUGGGAUGAUCGUUUUAAAAGGCAGUCAGCUCAGUGAGAUGGGCAAAGUGGUGUAGCAGCUGACGUAUCACACACCCUGGAGCCUGCUUGGGUAAAGGAAGUCCAGCAGAAUAGGAUGCACAUAUAGUGCUCCUGUAUAGAAAUAUUACUAUGAAACUCUUAGCAGGAGCUGAAGUCUAUAGUAGUGGGAAGAGAACAGAGAAACAACUGACUGUUCUACACUGUCAGAGAGGACCAAAGUCUGAAAAGGGAAUGUUGGUUAUUUAUGAAUCUUAUAUAGCCAUGUAUAGUAUUUUUAUUGAUGAAAGCAAUAGUAUGUUGCAGCACUUAAGAUCAGUAAUCUUCAAUAAAACAGACAGACCUCAAGCUCCCUCUUCUCUGUGCUCUUGAGAAAUCUGUGAUGACUAAAUAUCAUUAGUUGAUAUUCUUAUGAUACUUGAGCCCUAAUCCACCCUUGUAAAUAGCAAAAAAGGAAGUAUAUUUGAUUUUCAUGUAUAAAAUCAAAUAUACUGGUACUUCCCUUUUUUAAGUUACCUUAAAGCCACCAUUCAGUCAAAAGGUGGGUUAUAUAAUGAAAUCCCAACACUACAGCUUUUUAUUGUGACCCUCUUGUUUUAAGUUGCUAGGACACGUCCCUAAGUUCUAUUUUAAAAAUCACUCUUAUCAUGCCUGAUGUAACAAUUGUGCAUUGCCCUUCCAUGCAACAACGCACAACCCCUAAGCCCUACAGCAGCAGAAACCAGCCGACCCUCUUCCCAGAAAAAAAAAAAAGAGCGUCUUGGGCUUCCAUACAACAGUAACCAAACUUGCCAAAAAGGAUGACAUAGUGGUAAGCAAUGGCAGGAGGAACACCCUGCCCCUCCCACCACUGAGAAGAAUGUGUUUGCAGCCCUUGCAUAGGAUGAGGUAAUGGUACAGAGAAUGAAAUACACAUUCCAAAUCACCAGUAAUUAGAUGAAAAUGAAGCCCUCUUUUCAUAAUCUUGGUUUCCCUAUACGGUUUCAGCUUGCAAAUUUGAUUUCUGACAGUAGAGCUCAUUCAGACCACCCUCUCCACUUGCAGCAAAGAUGAGGUGCAGGGUUUGCUCCCUAUCCUACGUAUUGGACUGGUGAGAACUUGAUGCAGCCUUAAUGUAAAUGUUGAAGUUGCUCAAGGGUACUGUCCUAGGUUCCUCCAACACCAUAUUUGUUUACGGAGUACAGGUAGACCAGCAGCAUUCGCACCUGUCUUUGGGAAGAACCAGCUGCACCAGGAGUCCUGUGUCCAGUUCUGGGUGCCACAAUUUACAAAAGAUAUUGACAAGCUGGAACAUGUACAGAAGGGGUUGAUCAAGACAAUCAACAGUUUGGAAGCCAGGCCUUCUGAGGAACAACUGAGGGAGGUGGGUAUGAUGCAAUAGCCAUAUCUAAAGAGCUGUCUCAUGGAGCAAGCUUGUUUUCUCCUCCAAAGGCUAGGACCUGAACAAAUGUCUUCAAAGGAGAUUCCGACUCAACUUCAGGAAGAUCUUUCUGACUACAAGAGCUGUUUGACAGUGGAACAGACUCCCAUGAGAGGUGGUGGACUCUCCUUCCUUAGAAGCUUUUAAGCAGAGGUUGGAUGGCCAUCUGUCAUAUAAGAUCUAGUUGAGAUUCCUGCAUUGCAGAGGAUCGGACUGGAUGACCCUCGGGACCCAACUAUACAACUCUUUGAGUCCAUGUGGCAACUGUCAUUCAUAGUAAACAAAGCAAAUGUCCCAGAAUCCAGUUUGCUCUGUCUCUCUGGCUGUUUGCUUCAAACAACGGUGGUUGAUAUACUUCACAAAUUUCAGCGACUCUGGGUCUCUAUAAACCAAGGCCAAACAGUUCAUCUCUGGAGUGAUCAGCAGCAGCUUGAAGAAAAAAACCAAAGGAAGUGUUAAGGAAACAAGCUGAUACAAUUUACUUCUGCAGAAGACAGAGAGGCGACAUUCUGGUAUCAGGGUCAGGUUAAAGAACUUAUUCUGUACACGUGUAGAAUAAGUGAAUCAAAUUCCUGCUCCAGUUAAAUUGGGAAAGGUUUCAAUGCAGAUUCCUUGAAAACAGCAACACUACACAGCCCUUCAAAUUAGAGGUGUGAGCAAGAAGAUAUCCCCUUCCCACACCACUGUACUGCCCCCCCUCCCCAAGCUUAAGCCAAUCUAUGUUUUGCUAUAAGAAAAAAGAAACGGGCAACGUGAAUUGCUGACACUUCAGGAAAAAGUACUCAGUUGCCCUGUGCAUGUCCCAAACUUAUGUAUGGGGCGUGGGGAGCAUGGAGUAAACUGCUUUCAAAAUGGUCUGAUAAAGCACAAGAGGGGUAGAGACAACUGCUUACCUCUUCAUCUUCAUCUUUUGCAAGGUAUGAAGUAAAGCCACCAUACUCCACGUCCCAAUCUUGAAAAAAAGAAAUGAGCAGUUGUCAUUUGUUUUGUAAAGUUUUCCAAAGUCACUGCUCACUCCCACUGAACUAUUAAGAAAAGUUGUAUGCCAAGCAUAUGACUUGUUUUAGAUGUAGAUUUUGUCAAAUUUACCUCAAAAGAACAUUCUAGGGGCAGCUUAUGGUUUCUAACACAAAUACAGUGGUACCUCUGGAUGUGAGCAGGAUCCGUUCCGGAGCCCCGUUUGCAUCCUGAAGCGAACGCAACCCGUGUCUGUGGGUCGCGAUUUGCCGCUUCCGCGUGACGUCAUUUUGAGCAUCUGCAUGAGCGACGAAAUCCGGAAGUAAUGUGCUCUGUUAACUUCUGGGUCGCCGCAGAGCAUAACCUGAAAAUGCUCAACCUGAAGCACAUUUAACCCGAGGUAUGACUGUACUCAUAUUCAUGGGCUACAUAAAGAAAUGCAGCAGUAUAAAAAGCCCAAAUCCAAGUCUUAGCAUUAAAAUGAUGGAACAAAGGUUUUACAGCUUGCCUUUUAACUUUUCAUUAUGUUUAGGGCAGCCUUUGCCAACCACGUGCCCUCCCAAUGUAUUGGACUACAGCCUGGCUCUGGCUGAAAGUUGUAGUCCAAAACUUCUAAGGAACGUCUGGUUGGCAAGGGUUGCUUUAGGGGGUGGUGCUUCCUGGAUGUCUGAAGGAAGUUUCAUUACUCUCCUCUGUCCCAGGCAGCUGAGCAAGUAUUUCCUAUUCGUUGUCUUCCUUUUAAUAUAAGAAAAACCCUGUUUACUAAGAGACAAAGCAAGAGGACCAGAGUUCUGGGAAAUGCCAAUAGACCAUUCUUGCUUCCAGUCCCCACAUUACACACGUUGGCUGAAUGAGACUAGCUCAGCUGAGCUGUUUGCUGGCUGACUUUUGUGCUCAAGCACAGAUGCACCCACAGGAAAAGGACACCUGUCCCUACCUGGGUUGUGCUGAAAGCUGUGUGCUAUGACAUCUUGGAUUGCUCCCUCUGGGCAUACUUCAAGAAACUGCGGGAGAUGCAAGUCUGGAACAGACCCAUCUUGCGCUAUUUAUGGGUCUCUACCCAGCUUCACAUAAAUGCCUUUAAGAAGGGCUUAUCUUAAAUUUAAUGAUAUAACUACAGGACAGUGGACAGUGAAACAAAUUCAUCAGGCAGAAGAAAAAAACAUUACUUAGAAAAUAAAUACAUGGAUCUUGAAGCUGAAAAAAGGUGGCCUUCUAGAAACAUUUGCUGAAUGCAUCAAACACCAAAGAGUUUAGUGGUGAUCCCUUUUCUUUUUUCAUGAAGGAAAGAAAGACACCUAUUUAAUUGUGCAAUCUGAGGUGGCCUUCCAUAAGAUUUUGCCCAAGUUCUUUUAUAACAGAAGGUUCUGAGAUUGGGUUCACUAAGAAAUACGAGUGUGUGUGUUUAUAUAUGGGCCAUAACUUAUUGGCCGUUUGACUUGCAUACAAGUUUGUAUUAUAUAUUGUCACAUUUUAAAGUAUUUAUAAAAGUUUUAUUUUAUGUAGCUUAGAAUCUUUACAGCAUUAUCUUUGCACAUAAGCCCUUAAGACAUUCUUGCCAAAAUUCAUUGAGCGUAUUGAACAAUAAAAAUUGGCAUCUUCGAG